AUGACGCCGCAUCGCCCGGAGCUCCAAGGACGGCGCUUCUGGUCGGGUCUGUCCAUCCUGUCCAAAAGAUCCUACGCGACAUCGUCCUUUGAAGCCGACGACGAGCGGUCCGACAGCGACGACGAGAUGAGUCUUCGCGACAGCUUCGACAGCGACGUGCGGCCGGGCGUGCCGGCAUAUGUUGGGCACGAUGUCAGACCGACAAGCAAGAAAGAGCUUUGGGGAUGGUACAUGUAUGGCUUCGCGGCCGAGACGUAUGUCAUUUGCGGAAUUGCUUCCUUCAUCCCAAUCCUCCUAGAGACGCUUGCUCGAGAAAAUGGCGUCCUCCUCUCGAACCCAGACAAGCCUUGCGGCUCCAGCGACAGCAAAUCGGAAGAUGACGGCCAGUGUGUCGUAUAUGUAUUGGGCAUCCCGGUCAACACGGCAAGCUUUGCCAUGUAUACCUUUUCAGCCAGUGUCUUGCUACAGGCCCUUCUUGUCGUCAGUAUCAGCUGUGCUGCAGACCAUGGCAAUUACAGGAAGCGGCUUCUGCUGGCGUUUGCCUGGAUCGGUGGCUUUUCCGUCAUGUGUUUCAUCUUCAUCAGCAAGACCAACUACCUCAUCGGUGCCUUUUUAACCAUCAUCUCUAACACAUCUUUUGGCGCGUCAUUCGUUUUGCUCAACUCUUUUCUCCCACUUCUGGUUCGAAAUCAUCCCGAAGUAACGGAGGCAUAUGUAACAGAAUCAUCCGAAGUCGCCCGAUUACUUCCUCCUGACGAUCGGCAUCACAGGAACGGACUGAAGCGUGUGGCAACUCAUGAAGAAAUCACUUCCAAGGAGCUUCAACUCUCUACGCGCAUAUCCUCUUUGGGCAUUGGUAUUGGCUAUAGUGCCGCCUUGUUCGUGCAGUGUGCCUCCAUUGGCAUUCUCAUCGCAAUGAAAAAUACGACGUGGUCACAGAGAGUGGUGCUAUUCAUUAUUGGGGCUUGGUGGUCUAUUUUCACCAUCCCUGCUGCAUUGUGGCUUAGACCCAGACCAGGACCGGCUUUGACAAUUGAUGGGCGCAAAGACGGUGCUUCAUGGUGGGUGUACUUGAAAUAUGCUUGGAAAUCUCUAUUUCGCACCAUCCAGCUGGCAAGGCGUCUUAUUGAUAUUAUGCUCUUCUUGGGUAGCUGGUUUCUUCUUUCUGAUGCAAUUGCCACGACAUCCUCCACGGCUGUCUUGUUCGCCAAGACCCAGCUUCACAUGAAACCAUGGGCCUUGGGUAUGAUCAACGUCAUUGCCACAAUGGCUGGAAUCUUCGGCGCUUUCGGCUGGUCCUGGGUAUCCAGAACUUUCAACCUGAAACCCCAUCAGACGAUCCUCGUCUGCAUUGCCUUGUUUGAACUCAUCCCGAUCUAUGGCCUAAUGGGCUACCUCCCGUUUAUUAAGCGCUGGGGUGUUGUAGGACUGCAACAACCGUGGGAGAUGUAUCCGCUGGCAGCCGUGUAUGGCCUCGUCAUGGGUGGGCUGAGCAGCUACUGCCGCUCGCUUUUCGGAGAGCUGAUUCCACCCGGAUCCGAAGCCGCGUUUUACGCACUCUACGCCAUCACUGAUAAAGGAUCCAGUGUUUUUGGACCUGCUAUUGUUGGAGCCAUCAUCGACAAGACUGGAAGCAUCCGGCCUGCGUUUUGGUUCCUCGGUGCUCUUGUUGGUUUCCCCGCUCCACUCAUUUGGUUCAUCGACGUUGAGCGUGGCAAGAGAGAAGGCGAGAAGCUCGCUGAGACCAUCGAGGGUUUCGAACCCGGCAGUCCUGCGGGAGAAGACGAAGAAGACGAGGAAGCGGCCCGCGGAAUGCUAGCUGACUAUGAAGCCGCCGAGGGCAAUGGCAACGCAGCCCAUCGACGGUGA